AUGAAUAUUUGUUUAUUACCUCUCUCCACAUAAUUUAAAGAUUUCAUCUACCUUAUUAAAAAAUUCCUUAAACAAAAUCCUGGGAUUACUACUGUAUCUUAAAGACUCUACAAACCACCUUAAACUGUAAUAAUAUUAUAGUAAUAGUCUAGAAAUCUGAUUAUUAGAAAAAAUAACUCAAGCGUCCAUCCAAUGUUUUCCACUCAUAAUAACGUCAUCCUUAAUAAUAAAUUCAAUAACAAAUACAACCCCAUGAAUCUUUAUUGAAUUCUAUUAUCACUACUGAUAGUCAAGAUAUUGAUCCACCAUAGACACAUUAAGAUCUUCACAUUGCAUUUCAAUUAAUUCCUUAAACCUUUUUAUAGACUAUGACUUACAAUCUAUAAGAACAAGGUCUUAUUAAUAAAUUAAAAAACACUCUUAAAGACCAAAUUUCAUUCCUAUAAGAUUCCAUGAACUUUUAUAAUAACAUCUUAGAUAAAUAUUAAAUCAUUCAAAUUUCAAAAACUAAUCUAGAAGCAAAUGAUAAACCAUAAAGAAUAAAAGCUUGGUCUUAUUACAAAGCUUUUCAAUAAAUUAAAUUUAUCAAUGAAAAAAUUGAUUUAUUUUCUAUUCCUUUAGGCUUUUAAAUUUAACCUGAUAUCAUUUAUAAUACUACUAAAGAACAAAUGAAAACCAUCAUUCAUUAACAUAUUUAAUAACUUACACUUAGUUUAAAUACUCUUAUGUCUUACAAAUUUGAUAAUUUUUUUAAUAAUCAAAAUGUUGAUAAGAUUUUCAAAUUUCUCAUUUCAUUUCAAGAAGCCUAUGAUAUAUGUGAAAACACAAAAUAAUUAUUAAUUGUAGAAAACUCAUUGUGUUAUGCAUUGUAAACUAUAAGAAUACAAUCUUUAACAUUAAUUUAGUAAAUUAAGUAACAAUAUGAAGAUUGGUAUAAUUCAUAUCAAGAAAAAGAUGGUUAAUAUUAAUUAUUUAUUAAAAUGCUUUAGAUUCGUUUACAUCAUAUGUCUUUCUACUAUUUGACUCAAAAUCCUAUUUAUGAAUCUAAACAUCAUUAAGAUAUUCUUAAAUAUAUGGAUGAAAUGCUUAUUAUCUAAUAAUCUCUUACGAAAUAUUAAAAUNUCUUAAAGACUCUACAAACCACCUUAAACUGUAAUAAUAUUAUAGUAAUAGUCUAGAAAUCUGAUUAUUAGAAAAAAUAACUCAAGCGUCCAUCCAAUGUUUUCCACUCAUAAUAACGUCAUCCUUAAUAAUAAAUUCAAUAACAAAUACAACCCCAUGAAUCUUUAUUGAAUUCUAUUAUCACUACUGAUAGUCAAGAUAUUGAUCCACCAUAGACACAUUAAGAUCUUCACAUUGCAUUUCAAUUAAUUCCUUAAACCUUUUUAUAGACUAUGACUUACAAUCUAUAAGAACAAGGUCUUAUUAAUAAAUUAAAAAACACUCUUAAAGACCAAAUUUCAUUCCUAUAAGAUUCCAUGAACUUUUAUAAUAACAUCUUAGAUAAAUAUUAAAUCAUUCAAAUUUCAAAAACUAAUCUAGAAGCAAAUGAUAAACCAUAAAGAAUAAAAGCUUGGUCUUAUUACAAAGCUUUUCAAUAAAUUAAAUUUAUCAAUGAAAAAAUUGAUUUAUUUUCUAUUCCUUUAGGCUUUUAAAUUUAACCUGAUAUCAUUUAUAAUACUACUAAAGAACAAAUGAAAACCAUCAUUCAUUAACAUAUUUAAUAACUUACACUUAGUUUAAAUACUCUUAUGUCUUACAAAUUUGAUAAUUUUUUUAAUAAUCAAAAUGUUGAUAAGAUUUUCAAAUUUCUCAUUUCAUUUCAAGAAGCCUAUGAUAUAUGUGAAAACACAAAAUAAUUAUUAAUUGUAGAAAACUCAUUGUGUUAUGCAUUGUAAACUAUAAGAAUACAAUCUUUAACAUUAAUUUAGUAAAUUAAGUAACAAUAUGAAGAUUGGUAUAAUUCAUAUCAAGAAAAAGAUGGUUAAUAUUAAUUAUUUAUUAAAAUGCUUUAGAUUCGUUUACAUCAUAUGUCUUUCUACUAUUUGACUCAAAAUCCUAUUUAUGAAUCUAAACAUCAUUAAGAUAUUCUUAAAUAUAUGGAUGAAAUGCUUAUUAUCUAAUAAUCUCUUACGAAAUAUUAAAAUUAAGUGCCAUACAUUCAAAAGUUUGUCAAUUUGAGAAACUAAUAAUUAAGAACAUUAGAGAUAAUUAUAAGUUAUGUUAAUUCCAAUUACCCAUAUAAUAAAAGUUUGAUUAUUCAAAUAUUUUAUUAUAAAGAAGUUAAGUUUUUGGAUCAAAAUUUAACUACUUUUGAUUAUCUCUUAUACUUAAGAACCUCUAUUUCUGAAUUAUAAGAUGCUUUAAUCUUAAAAAAGAAAUUUGUAACUUCUAUUAAUUUACAAAUUCUAGAUCUUUCAAAAAUUAAUACAGAAGAAAGAAUAACUGAAAUUAAAUCUGUUAAGAUAAAUUAGAAGAAAGAAACGAAGUAAAAUUUAUUGGAAACAUAAAAAUAAUAUUUAAAGAAACUUUCAGAGAAAAAUAAAUCAGAAUAAGAAUUUAUAAAUUCUAAACUAAAGAAAGAAGAUGAAAAACUAAAAGUGGAGAAAGAAAAUAAAAUUGAAAGAUUAAAGGCUAGAUUACUUAAACAAUCUAUUGCAUAGAAAUAAGAAGAAAAAAAUUAUGAAUUUUUAAUAAAGAAAUAUAGACAUCAAUAAAAUUUAGCUAAUAUUUAGAUAGAGAAAGAAGAGAAAAAUAGAAAAAAUUUAGAUUUAUUGGGUUAAUUGCUAUAUUUAACUUUGGAUGCAAGAUUUAAAUUAUACAAAAGUAAUUAAAAAGAGACAUAUGAUUAAAUCUCAAAUUUUUAUAGUUAGCAUAUGUAUUAGAAAGGUAUUCCUAAGAAGUUUAAAUUAAAUACAAUUUAAUAAUUAUACGAGAGUAUUUAGGAAAUAUCCAAAGAAUUUAGAAAUCAAUUUAAUUAAUAUUUUUUGGAUAAAUAAGUAAAAUAAUAUCAUAAAAUUGUUAAUUAAUCCCAAAAUUAAGAAGUAAAUGAAUAGAAUCAAUUAUUAUAAGAGGCAAAAUAAAUAGAUUUUAUAAAUUUUAGUUUAACUAUUUCUCUAAAACUUAUGUAUGUAAUAUAGUAUCAUAAAAGUUGUUAUACAAUAUAGGCUUUUAUAGAUUUUGAUAUAUUAUAGGUGCCAAAUUUAGAUAUUUAUUCUAUAAGAGAUUAUUUUUAAUGGAUAAGAAAGAAUGCUGAAUAAAAAUUUGAUUAUUUAUAAAAAAAAAGUGAUGCUUAAUUGAGAUUAGAAUGGACUCCAUUUAUAAAUGAGUAAGUCAAAUGUAGUGAAAGAUAAUAAGAAAAAUUAUUUGAUUUGGUAAAGAGAAUAAAUCAUUGUCAUCUAUUAAAAUUUGAAGUUAUUAGAUUUAUAAUUAAUGAAUUAUUGAGAGAAUUGUUUGAUGAAAAUACAUUUUAAUUUGAUUUAAGACUUUUAACUAAGAAUUAUAUAGAAUAAUAAACAAAAUAAUAACUUGAAGAUAAGAUGAAAUAUUUUCCAAAGUUAAAUUAAGAAAUACUUUAAUAGUUAGAGCCUUUUUUAUAUUAUUUAGAAGAAAAAGUACUCUGUAAUUUAGAAGCUUAUUAUAUUUUAUCAAUAAUUUAGAAAGAGAAUGUAUUAAUUUCAAAAUUAGAGUAUAUUAUAAAAAGGAAUGAAUAUUUUGAAGAUGUAAAUGAUGCAUAGAAAUUUAAACUUAAAGCAAUGAAAUAUAUUUUAGAGAAGAAUGAAUUUAAAAAUUAAAACUUAAAUGAAAUGAUUAAUGAUUAGAUGGAAAGAAAUUAAUAAAAAUAAAAAAUAGAAUAUUUAAAAUUGUAAUAAUUGAAUAAUCAAAAAAGCGAAAAAGUUCUUAUAAGAAAAGCAUUGAAUAUAGAAAUUGAAUUGAAUUAUUAGAAGAAAUAGAGCUUCUUUGUGAGAAUAUUAGAUGAAAAUAAUGAAUGGAUUAGAAUGGAAAUAAAUGAAGAAAUGGUAUCAGAUGUAAUGGAAGUAAAAAAAGAGCAAGAAAAAUGGGUGAUGAGAAUAAGAAAUGAAAAAAUAAAUUUUAGUCAAAUUGAAAUUAAAACGGAUGUUAUACCAAAGCUAUAUAACUUAACAAUUAAUGGAGAGAGAAGAAGUAUAAAAUUGGAUGAGAAUGUUUUAGAGCUAAGCCAAUAUUUAAUAUUAAUAUAUGUUAUCGAUAGUGAAAAGGAAUUAAUUAAUAUUUAUUAAUAUAAAUGA